AUGCGCCUGUCCACCAUCAUCGUUGCCCUGUCACCUCUUGUCUUGGCUGCCCCGAUCAACACCAGCGAUGCAUCGGGAACAGCCGACAUCAUCGUCAGACGGAACAUGGGCGGCGUUGCUGGUGACCACCACAGCGACACCAGAAUCCUCGUGCCUUUGGGCCGUGUCUUCGCCGGCCAUCCUUCUCUCGACGCCGUGUCGACUCUCUCGCUCAACGCCGUAUACGGCGCCGACGCUGCCACCGUUAGCUGCACGCCCUUUAAGAACACCGACGGGACUGGUGACGCCGCUCCUUCGUUUUCUAAAGAGCACCCAUCAGUCGUCUCGACUCACAACGACAAGGUUGGCAGCAUCUUCUGCAGCUGA